GACCCGGCGGGCAGCCAAUGGCACGCGAGCGCGUGAGGCAGGAUCGAGAGCGCGCGCGGGAGAGCCGUCAGAGCGGCACGCGCACCGGACCCUCGACAUCAUGGGAAUCAGCUGUCAGCGUCCCGUUCUGAUAAAGUCAGAGGAAGCCCGUAUCACCAGCUGACGAAACGCCGGGGAAACCAUCCCAUCGGGGUCGUGACCCGUCGACCGGGCCUCGGAGUGAAGUUUUACUACACCUCGGUUUAAUACUCCUCACGGAUGGGCCGUGCCGAAGAGAGCCGUGUUUUCUGUCUCCCUCCGGGCUGCUUUUCUCCGUCCGAGCUUUCGGCGCUGAUCUCAGACGCCUGCAUGUGAAGCCGUGUGUGCCGUUAGCCGCAGAAGAGUAUGAACAGCGGCCCCAGGUCCGUCUCAGCUCGCUUGGAGAUGGAUGUAGUUUGAGAAAAAGUUGCUUCUGAGCAUCGAAUGGAGAUCCUGUUGCUUCUGCCUGUGAGUUUCAUCUCAGAACCGAGGAGAUGAGUGAAAGCCCUCUGACGGAGUACGAGCUGCGCUCUCUGGCUCCCGUCUCGGGCCCCGGGGCCACGGCGGGGCUCCAGCUGGCUCCGGACACCGAGCAGAUCACGGCGCUGUGUUUCGUGGGACUCCUGCUGCUGUUUCUGGUGUUUCUGCUGGUGCGGUGUUUCCGGAUCCUCCUGGACCCUUACAGCAGCAUGCCGUCCUCAUCGUGGUCCGAUCAUAAAGACGGUCUGGACAGAGGACAGUUUGACUACGCCCUGGUCUAGCUGAAGAUCUCACAAAACAUUUUAUAUAAUAA